UUCCCUGACAACAAACUAAACCAAGCUUUCUUCAAUAAAACUCACCAAGAAACCCAACGGUCCACAUAUUUUCCCUAACAACAAACUAAACUAAGCUUUCUUCCUUUCCUUUUCUCUGAGAAUAUUUGUUUUUUUAAUUUUGAACCGUGACAUCGAUGGCGGUCGCCGAACGGCAAAAGCCUCACAGCGAUAAGAAGUUGUUUAGUCUUUGUCCUUUUUGGCAGAGCGGAACAACCAACACCUCGUCUUCCUCUUCUACGAAAAAUUUCAACCACACUCGUAAUGGCAACAGCAGUAACCGGCAGGUUAAGAAUAGCUCCAAAUCCACAACGGUAUUAUCUGUUGCCCGAUCUCUUCUCCCUGCUUGGCGCAGACUCCGUUUUGACCCCGCUAAAAUCCUCUACUUUCCGUAUGAACCAGGGAAACAGGUGAGAAGUGCAAUCAGGAUGAAAAACACUAGCAGGUCUCAUGUAGCUUUCAAGUUUCAAACAACUGAACCGAAGAGUUGUUUCAUGCGUCCUCCUGGUGGCAUCCUUGCUCCAGGAGAGAGCCUUAUUGCGACUGUGUUCAAGUUUGUGGAGCAUCCAGAGAACAAUGAGAAAGUAAUAGACCAGAAGAGCAAUGUUAAGUUUAAGAUCAUGAGUUUGAAGGUGAAAGGAGGAACAGAAUAUACACCUGAGUUGUUUGAUGAACAGAUUGAUCGGGUAACAGUUGAGCGAGUAUUGCGGGUUGUAUUUUUGGAUGUGGAGCAUCCUAGUCCUGCACUGGAAAAACUGAAGCAUCAGUUAACUGAAGCUGAUGCUGCUUUUGAAGAUCGUAAGAAAUCUCCACCAGACACUGGGCCUCGUGUUGUUGGGGAAGGUCUUGUAACAGAUGGAUGGAAAGAGCGGAGAGAGAAGUACUUGGCUCGACAAAAGGUUGAAGCUACAGACACUUGACAUGAGAUGGGUUUUGCUCUUUGCCUAAUCGCUUCUGCCAGUGAAAGAGAUUUAUGAGGAAUUGGAUCUCUCGUCAAUUCAUGGAUCUGGUGAGUGGUGGUGAAGAUUGGCGUGGCAGUCAUAUACCAAAGGGGAAAAAAAUAGGGUAAUGUUUAAAAUUGGGGCUUUACCCUCCUCCUAGAUAAUGGAAUUUGUUUUAUAAGAUAAAAAUAAAUCAAUACCAUCAGCUUUAUUUUGUGUGUUUUAGGAAUAUGGGUGCUAGAUUUUGUAUUAGUUUUUAGCUGAAGUUAUACUUGAUCAAUAAUAUAGUCAAUUGGUUUUCUUGUAGUCAUUCGCAAGAGAUGUAUCUUUUCUAUUUUUGUAAUGAAUUUUCAGUUGCAUCCUCUGGA